AUGUUUGGAUUUCUUGCUUUCAAUGGUGGAUCAACAGGAGAAAUUUCAACUAAAGGUGUUGGGCAAAUAGUAGUCAAAGUUAUGGUUAAUACUAUUUUGUGUGGGGCUUUUGCUGCUUUGUCUUAUUUAUUUGUUCAUUUUAUUAGAAAAGGAAAGUGGACAAUUUUGUUGACAAUUAAUGCUUGUUUAACUGGAAUGGUUAGUGCCUGUGCUGGUUGUAAUAUAAUGUUUGUUUGGUUAAUAAAAACAAUUAAUUGUUCUGUUUUUAGGCCUGUUUGGACAUCAGCAAUAACCGGAUCCAUUGCAGGAAUGGCCUAUUUAGCCUUUUCAGAGCUCUGUUUAAUUAUGCGAAUAGAUGACCCUCUCGAUGCUUUUGCUGUUCACUUUGGGGGUGGAUUGUGGGGGUUAAUUAGUGCUUGUUUGGUUACUGAAAAAGGGCUUCUUUUCUCUUUAAUUGACCCCGAAAAGGUUAAAUUUGACGAAGCAUUAUGGCAACUUUGUUGGCAAAGUGUUUGUGCUGUAGCAAUAAUUGUUUGGUCAGCACUUGUAUUAACUCCAGCUUUUCUAAUUUUAAAAGCAUUUGGAAAAAUAAGGGUGCCCAGAGAAGUAGAAAUACGUGGAUUGGAUAGAUUUAAACAUGGGGAGGCAGCAUAUCCUUUGACUGCUUAUGGACAUGGAUGGGGGGAUGGAACUGAAUUUGUUAUUACUCCAUUACAGGAUGUUGGGGGAGAUGCUGUAAAUGGUAAAAAUAAUAUAAGGGAAAAACAAUUAUUUGUUUUGAUGUUUUGUUUGUUUCUGUAG